AUGCCUCCAGGCGCUGCGCUGUGGCGUUCUCUGCGCGCACACCAGGUGUACGGCGCCAACACCGACGUCGGCAAGACGAUUGCAUCGACGGUGCUGUGCCGCGCGCUCGAUCGCCGCGACAGGCACCGCGUGGGCUUUCUGAAGCCGGUGGCCACGGGGCCGCUGGACGAAGCGGACGACAGACACAUCGAGCGCUUUGCCCCCGGCGUGCGCACGCAAUGCCUGUUCCGCUUCGGCGAGCCCGUCAGCCCGCACAUGGCCGCCCAGCAGGCGCCUCCCGACGACGAGGUCCGCAGCGCCGUGCACCGCACGCUGGCCAGCUGGGCGGCCGCCGGCCUGCGGCACGCCCUGGUCGAGACGGCCGGCGGCGUGCACUCGCCCGGCCCUAAUGGCAAUUCGCAGGCUGAUCUGUACAGGCCGCUGCGGCUGCCAGUUGUACUCGUGGCUGAUGCGCGUCUGGGGGGCAUUUCGGCCUCGAUCGCGGCGUUCGAGUCGCUACUGGUCCGCGGCUAUGACGUGCACUCGGUGCUGCUCUUCCAAGACGACUACUACCGCAACCACGAGUAUCUGCAGGCCUUCUUCCAGAAGCGCCAGAUCCCCCUGCUGGCCUUCCCCCGGCCGCCGGCGAGGCCCGCCGUGGCCGACGCGAGCGCCCGGGCCCGCGACGAGGAGGCCAUGUUUGCGUACUACGACGACGUUGCACGGAGAUCCGAUGUCGAGGGCCUCGUGGAGACGCUGGCGACCAAGUCCGCCGAGCGCCUCGAGCAGCUGGAGUCGAUGGCGCGCCGGGCCCACGAGGCCAUCUGGUAUCCGUUCACGCAGCAUCAGGGCAUGGAGGCCAAGGACAUUACGGUCAUCGAGUCGGCGCACGACGACUACUUCCAGACCUUCCGGGCCGACGCGGGCCCUGAGGACAGCCUGCUGCAGUCCACCUUCGAUGGCUCGGCCUCGUGGUGGACGCAGGGGCUGGGCCAUGGCAAUCCGGAUCUCUCGCUGACGGCCGCAUACGCCGCCGGACGGUAUGGCCAUGUCAUGUUCGCGGGUGCCGUGCACGAGCCGGCCCUGGCGCUGGCCGAGCUGCUGAUUUCCAGCCUGGGGAACCCCCGGCUGCGCAAGGUGUUUUACAGCGACAACGGCAGCACGGGCAUGGAGGUGGCCGUCAAGAUGGGCCUGCGCGCGGCGUGCUCGCGCUACGGCUGGGACGCCAGCAGGGACGAGAUCAAGAUCCUGGGGCUGAAGGGCAGCUACCACGGCGACACGAUCGGCGUGAUGGACUGCUCCGAGCCGUCGACCUACAACAAGAAAGUGGAAUGGUAUCGCGGCCGGGGCUUCUGGUUCGACUUUCCGCAGGUGAAGAUGGUCCAAGGAAUCUGGCGCGUCGAGGUGCCAGACUCUCUCAGAGAAGAGCUGGGCCCGGAUCUGGAAUUCUCGUCGCUCGACGCCAUCUUUGACCUGGACGAGAGACAGGCGUCUGACGCGGCCCGGUGGUAUCGAGCGUAUAUCAAGCGGACGCUGCAGGAGCUCGUCCAGAAGGGCUACAAGUUUGGAGCGCUCAUCAUGGAGCCGGUCAUCCUGGGGGCGGGAGGAAUGCUCUUUGCAGAUCCCCUCUUCCAGCAAUCCCUAGCCCUGGUCGUGAGAGAAAACCCGCAGCUGUUCGGCGACGCUCCUGCUCCAUCAUCGCCAACCUCCUGGUCCGGCCUGCCCGUCAUCUGCGACGAGGUGUUUACGGGCCUGUACCGACUGGGCCGACGCACGUCGUCGUCGUUCCUCGGCCUUGAUCCGGACAUUUCGGUGCACGCCAAGCUGCUGACGGGCGGGCUGGUGCCGCUGUGCACGACGCUGGCGAGCAACGAGAUCUUCGCAGCCUUCUCGAGCCCGGAGAAGAGCGACGCGCUGCUGCACGGGCACAGCUACACGGCGCACGCGGUGGGGUGCAAGGUGGCGGAGACGUCGCUGCGGACGAUGAUGGAGAUGGAGAGGGACGGGUUCUGGGAUGCGUGUAGGAAGGACUGGUCAGCCAGCCAGGGCAGCAACGGCAUCUGGAGCAGCUGGUCGCAGGAUCUCGUCCGCGAGCUGUCUUUCGCUCCGUCGGUAGAGGGCGUCUUUGCGCUUGGCUCGGUGCUCAGCAUUACACUGCGCGAUCAGACGGGUGGAGGCUACACAUCGACGGCAGCGAAAGGACUGCAGCAGAAGCUGUCCGAGGGACUUCUCUCAUGUGGAUAUGAAUCUCACUGCACGGAACUCCGCUGCCAGCCUGCCGCUCACCGGGAUCAUUUAACUAUGGACUUGAUUGAAUUGUAUUUCUAUGCCUCCGGUCGUGUUCGGAGUUCCGGUUCGGAAGUUUCGAAACAGAACCAGAAAUCUAUCUCCUCGGACAGCGACAACCCUUCCCCGCGGUCCGGAGAUCCGUCAUACACCACGCCAGCAUCUGGGAUUUCUUUUCUUUCAAUUGACGAGACUUGGUCUCGUCCUCAAUCACUUCAACUGCUGUACACCAUGGCGCUACCGCUCACCUCCGUCGCCCGCUCCGUGCUAAGGAGAUGCUACGGCACCGUCCAGGCCUCGACAGCGACAGCGUCAGCGCCCUGGACGUCGAGAAUCCCGCCGGUCUUGCAAGAUGCCACCGCUGCCCGGGCACCGCGCACCAACUGGACGCGCGAGGAGAUCCAGCAGAUCUACGAUACGCCGCUGAGCGAGCUGACGCAUGCGGCGGCCACCGUCCACCGCCGCUUCCAUGACCCCGCCGCCAUCCAGAUGUGCACGCUGAUGAACAUCAAGACCGGCGGCUGCAGCGAGGACUGCUCGUACUGCGCCCAGUCAUCACGCUACAACACCGGCCUCAAACCCACCAAGCUCUCCCCCGUCGACGAGGUGCUCGCCGCCGCGCGCAUUGCCAAGCAGAACGGCAGCACGCGCUUCUGCAUGGGCGCCGCCUGGCGCGAUAUGCGCGGGCGCAAGACGAGCCUGCGCAACAUCAAGGAGAUGGUGGCCGGCGUGCGCGCCAUGGGCAUGGAGGUGUGCGUGACGCUGGGCAUGAUCGACGACGCGCAGGCGAAAGAGCUCAAAGACGCCGGUCUGACGGCGUACAACCACAACCUCGACACGUCGCGCGAGUUCUACCCGUCCAUCAUCACGUCGCGGACGUACGACGAGCGGCUGCAGACGCUGCGCCAUGUGCGUGAUGCCGGCAUCAACGUCUGCUCCGGCGGCAUCGUCGGCCUGGGCGAGGCUGAUUCUGACCGCGUCGGCCUCCUGCACACCGUCGCCACGCUGCCUCAGCAUCCCGAGUCGUUCCCCGUCAACGCCCUCGUCCCUAUCAAGGGCACGCCCCUCGGCGACCGCAAGAUGAUCCCCUUCGACCGGCUGCUGCGCAUGAUCGCCACCGCGCGCAUCGUGCUGCCUGCGACGAUUGUGCGGCUGGCUGCCGGCCGCGUCAAUCUGACGGAGGAGCAGCAGGUGGCCUGCUUCAUGGCCGGUGCCAAUGCCGUCUUCACGGGCGAGAAGAUGCUGACGACGGAUUGCAAUGGCUGGGACCAGGACCAUGCCAUGUUCCAGCGCUGGGGGUUCUAUCCGAUGAAGAGUUUCGAGAGGCCUGUUGUCCAGGCUGAGACAGAGACAGCAGGAGCAUCAGCAGGGGCAUCAGCAGGAACAGAGCCAGCAUCAACAGGAGCAGAAGCUGCUGCUGCUGCUAGUUGA